AUGGCAAAGCUGUUCCACUUCCACUUCCAAAAGGGUUGGAUGAGUUACCGGGAACAGGAGCCUCCGCUGGAGGAUGAGUCACCAUUCCCAGAUGUCGAGUUGCCAUUGGAAGAUGAAAAGCCAUUGCCAGAUGUCGAAUUACCGGUGGAAGACGAUUCACCACCUGAAGAACCAUUCGUUGAGUCACUACUUGGCGAUCCACUCUCCAAUGAACCACCGCUUGAAGGAAUAGUCAUUGACGAUUCAACAUUCGAGGAGUCAGAGUUUGAAGGAGUGUUGUCGUUGUUGCUCGAAGAAGAUCCGUUGCUCGAAGAAGAAGAGCCGUUGUUCGAAGAAGAGCCGUUGCUCGAAGAAGAGCCGUUGCUCGAAGACGACUGGCUAUUUGAUGAAGAACUACUGUCUGAAGAUGAGUCAGAUUGGCUAUUUGAAGACGAGUCACUGUUUGAUAAAGUGCUGUUGCUAUUCGAUGAUAAUCCGCUGUUCAAUGAAGAACCACUGCUCGAGGAGCCAUUGUUUGAAGAGCCGCUGCCUGAAGAGCCACUGUUUGAAGAGCCGCUGAUAUCAGAAGGGGAGCUGUUUCCACCACUAUCGCUGACGGGAGAGCUGUUCUCUGGCGAAGUGUUGAGGCCUGUGGGUGAAUUUUGA